AUGGUCGACUUCACCAACACCACCCGCCCUUGCUCGAGCGUUGCAUCACGAAUCAAGGGCCAAAGCGGCAGAAACUUCAAGCACGUGUCGGUUGCCGAGCGCCUCAAGAAGAUACCGAAGACCCAGCGCACAACAUUCCGCUCAAUAGCAGCCGCCAUGAACAUGUCACGAUCCACACUGCAUGCCUACUACAAGCGCGGAAUCUUUGUGAAGUACACAAGCACCGUGCGCCCUCUGCUCACCGAUGCGAACAAGGCCGUGCGCGUCCAGUGGGUCAUGAAGCAUCUCCAUGCUUUGUCGUCCGCCCAGUACGCCUUCGAUGACAUGAUGAACACCGUUCACGUCGACGAGAAGUGGUUUUUUGCGACGAAGAUCAGCAAGAAGAUGUAUCUUGCACCUGGCGAAGAGCCCCCGCAUCGUACGUGCAAGUCCAAAAGGUAUAUCACCAAGGUGAUGUUUCUGUCCGCGGUGGCCCGACCUAGGUGGGUCGACGACGAAGUUGGAUGGUUCGACGGCAAAAUUGGCACGUGGCAUUUUACCGAGCGUGUGCCAGCGGAACGAUCCAGUCGGAACCGUGCCGCGGGGACCCUUGUGACCAAGCCAGUCUCUGUCACACAGGACAUCUACCGGAAGAUGCUGAUCGACAACGUGAUCCCAGCCAUCAAGGCCAAGUGGCCAAGAAAUUCGUCGAGGUGCAUCACCAUCCAGCAAGACAACGCACGCCCACACGUUCCGCCACUGGACGCUCGGAUCGUGGAGGCAUGCCACUCGGAUCGGUGGGACAUGAGCGUCGUGUACCAGCCGCCAAACCACCCCGACAUGAACGUACUCGACUUGGGUUUUUUUCGUGCCAUCCAAUCCCUCCAAGAGAAGAAAAAUUCAAGGCUCGAUGACGACAUUAUUGCUGCCACAGAGCGCGCGUGGGAGGACGUCCAAAUGCGGACACUAGAUUCGAACUUUAUGACUCUGCAGGCGUGUAUGCAAGAGGUCAUCAAAGUGGCGGGUGACAACUGCUACAGAAUGCCCCACAUGCACAAGGCCAAGCUCGCUGCUUGUGGAAGAUUGCCCGACGUUGUAUUGCCUGACUGCGACGUAGUCGAUGCUGGUAUUUUGCUUCUGCAAACUACCGACAUGGAAGAGAAAGUCGAGGAAUUAGCUGCAGAAAUAUCUGCGGCACUGGACAUGGGAGAGUUUUGCUCUCAAAUUGAGCGACUCGGUGUCGAUGAUGAGUUGGACGAGGACUUAUUGGAAAUCUUGGGCUUAGACAUUGAAUAA